GUUGACCGUUUCAUGCUGUGUUACGAUCGGUCUGGUUCAGUGCUGGAACUUGACUAUCUGCAUUAAAUUGAUUCCUAUCACUAGCAUGAUAUGUACUAUUUUGUCGACCCUGCCUGAAAUUUGUCUGUACGGUUCUUGAGAUAGUAUAGCGUAUAGUGCCGUACAUAUAUAGGCCGUGUGAUUGAAGCGCCUGGACCGAGUUGUUGCGUCGAUGCCGUGUCAGUGCACACGGUUUGCCUUACGCUGCAAGCUGCUCUCACCCAAACCACCGGUUUCUGCUGAGGCGCAGGAGCUGCUGGGCUCCUUCUCAUGUCGAUUCUCAUGGCCCCAUGUGAUGCGCACAUGCACCGACUGCUUAACACGGGAACAAAGACACUAGGAUACGCUAAGCCCAUGACCCUUAAUCACGUGGCAAACACAAGGAAUUCUCCUUUUCCUUUUUGCACCUUGCUUGGUCUGGUCACUACUCUAUGAAAGAAAAGAAAAGAAAAUCAAUUGUAAACCAACCAUUAGCACUCUGUCUGGUGAUCAUUGAACUUAUGAACUUGCAUUAUGUACCACUUUAGUGUGCAUUUGGACCGGCUAAUAGCAGCAGAUUUACAAGGGAUUUGUUUGACUUCGUACAAAAUUCCUGUGCUCCGAACGGACAGGUGCUGGUUGGACGAAGGGAUUGCCGUUUUUUUGGGGUCAAAUGCUAUCUAAAAUCUGUCAGAAAGGCAGUGGUUUGAGUUGACAAAUUUGGCAAAUGUAUGUUAUGGUGUAUUAGUCUAGCAGCGGUUGUUGGUAGUAACUAAUACUCUCGUUGGUACGAUUAAAUCAUGUCUAAAACGUCAGCUUUUGAAGACUGGCGGGAGUACUAAAGAAUCUCCAGAUAUAUUAUUCCUUGCAGUGUAAUCCAGCCAGCGAGGCCGAAACCCGCGGCUUGUUUGCGGUCUCCAUGGUUACCAGGGCGCUGCCAAGUGCCCCACAGAUUAAGUUGCUUGCUCUCCAUUACCCAACCACUUCCUGCUUUAUAUAUACGGUCACCGGCGCCAGCUAGCCAUGUCACACGACGCGGCGCCCCCCCUCGCAAGCGAACAAGCCCCCGGCCGGAGCAUCGGCGUCGGCAUUGGCGGCAAGGAGUGCCGGUACUGCGAGAUGACGCGGCAGCACCACCCGCAGUGCGUGCGGCGGCUGCCGAAGCGGAUCAUCCUGGUCCGGCACGGCGAGAGCCAGGGGAACCUGGACAUGUCGGCGUACACCACCACGCCGGACUACCGCAUCCCGCUCACGCCGCUGGGCGCCGAGCAGGCGCGUGCGGCGGGGCGGCGCAUCCGGGACGUGGUGUCGUCGGGCGACGGCGCCAACUGGAAGGUCCACUUCUACGUGUCCCCCUACGAGCGCACGCGCGCCACGCUGCGGGAGAUCGGCCGCGCGUUCCCCCGCGACCGCGUCAUCGGCGUCCGCGAGGAGUGCCGCGUCCGGGAGCAGGACUUCGGCAACUUCCAGGUCGAGGAGCGGAUGCGCGCCGUCAAGCAGACGCGCGAGCGCUUUGGCCGCUUCUUCUUCCGCUUCCCCGAGGGCGAGUCCGCCGCCGACGUCUUCGACCGCGUCUCCAGUUUCUUGGAGUCCCUGUGGAGGGACAUCGACAUGGGGAGGCUGGAGCAGGACGCGAGCUGCGAGACCAACCUGGUGAUCGUGUCGCACGGGCUCACGUCGCGGGUGUUCCUCAUGAAGUGGUUCAAGUGGACGGUGGACCAGUUCGAGCACCUCAACAACUUCGACAACUGCGAGUCCAGGGUGAUGCAGCUCGGGCCCGGCGGGGAGUACUCCCUCCUCGUCCACCACACCAAGGAGGAGCUCGAGCAAUGGGGCCUCUCUUCGGAGAUGAUCGCCGACCAGCAGUGGCGCGCGUCCGCCAACCGCCGGAGCUGGGCUGAGGAGUGCUCCUCCUUCAUCGCGACCUUCUUCGACGACCCCAAGGAUUCGGAUAGCAGUGAGGAGGACUAGGAAGAGAACGGCAAGAUCCAGUUAUUGGAGUAGCUAAUUGACUCGUCCUUUCAUAGACUCAUUGAAAAUUAUUUCGAUUUGAUAGUGCUUUCUUUUUACUAUUGAGUGAUGUAGCCAUUGCGGUUUCUUUCUUUUCUGGUUCAGUUUGUAACCUGUUCAUAGUAGCUAGGCACUGAAAUACUAUGAUUUGGGGGGAGUUCAGCAAAAAACAGAAAAAAGUACGCAAAUUGAGAGCCGAACAUGAGUAAGAUAAGUAUAGAGGUUUGGGUGUCGAUUUAUUUCUUAUUUUCGAAUUUGAACUGACAAAGUCAAAAUGGUUAUGAUCUUAGAGCAUCUCAAGAACUUAUCUAUAAUGCUCCCUUUAAGUCUACAUAGGGAGAGCUCCGAUUAUAAGGUAAGCUAUUUUUUUUU